UCAUUCGUGACAUUCGUUCCGUACUACAUACAAAAACAAUUGAAAACCGCGUUUGGAGUUAACGAAAUGUUUUACGAAACUAAAUUCUUGUUUUUAAUUAAUGAUAACCAUGCAAAAAUUAAAGUACCUUAGUUUAACCCACCUAUCUGAAAGUGUUUUAAAAAGGCUUGCUCAAAAUCAUAUCUUAACUAUUAUAGAUUUUCUUCAAGAAGAUGUGCAGAAGUUAUCAACAUUAACAAAAUUGAGUCUAUCAGAAAUAUUAUCAGUUAGAAAUGAAAUAUUUACCAAAUUUUCCGCUCCCCUAAUUAAUGGAACUACCUUACUUAGUAGGAUAUCAGAUACAAGGACUGUAUUAAGUACUGGAAUACUUAGUUUGGAUUCUUUAUUAAACGGAGGAAUACCAGUAGGUUACAUAACUGAAUUGUGUGGUCUAGCAGGGUCUGGAAAAACUCAGUUAUCCUUGCAGUUGGCUGUUAACUGUGCCCGACAAGAUACUAACACCAUACUUUAUGUUGAUACCAAAGGCGAUUUCUCAGCAAUAAGGAUACAAAAAAUAUUAGAUGCCAAUGGGUACUCCCAUAAGGAUAUGGCUGAAUUAAUGUACAAAAUUAGAGUAGUACACAUUUGGACUAUGGAGGAUCUAUUGGAGUUAUUUAAGAGUGUUAAGAAUGAAACACUUGAUAUUGCACACUUGGCUUUAAUAAUUGUGGAUUCAUUGCCAUGUUUGAUGAUGCAAUUUAUUGGUGAUGAGAAUAAAAUUGGACUAAAUCUCCUAAACACACUGGUAAACUACAGUAGAUUUAUAGGAAACAAAUUUAAUGUAGGUAUAGUCUACAUUAAUGUACAAACUAGAUGGAUAGACAACGACAUAUUGGAUAUGGAAGAUGAACAGCAGCUUUCAUCGUCAGCUUUAAAAGAACCUGCUUAUAUAGAGAAAAGAAAUCGAUGUUUGGGCAGAUACUGGCAAAACAUUCCAGCAGUAGUAUUGCUUGUAGAAAAACUCGAGGACAGUCCUGCAGAAAAAGAUAGCACACAAAUUAAAGUUACAGUUAUCAACUCAAAUAUGGCAAGAAAUGUGAAUUCUCAAUGUAUGUUAACCCUUAAUGCCUUUGGCGUAACUUAAUAUACAAGGGGAAUAGAGGUCGCGUAUCAAUAUUUCUUUAAGAUAAAUAAACAUUUUUACUUAAAC